AUGUCGGACCACGGCUCUGAUUCCUCGGAGGAGAAGGCGCCGCCUCACAUCCGACUCAACUCGGGGCGGCAGGAUCCUUUCCUCGAGACAAAUGAGGGCUACGCGCCUCUUACAUCGCGGACAUUUCCCCGGCCCUUGACGCCACAGGGCCCCGACGCGCCCAUGGCAAUAGGCCCUGCGAUGUCACCAUAUGGCGUAUCAAAUGUCCCACAGUCCUCGGAAUUCCUGUUGCCCCCAAAGCUGAGGCCUACACAGGGACACGGUGUGAGUGGGACUGAUCGCCCCCGGUCUCCGGACAGGUGGUCUGCGACUCGCUCGAGUAUCAGUUCCAUUAGUCGUGAUAGCACUUUCCCCUUUGAUCCGUUUCAGGAUUCGAGGUCGCCUUCGCAUGCUGGUAGUGAGGAGUAUGAUGUCAACACGCAGACCGUAGCGGGGAAAUUCAAUAUCAUGCCCACUGAUGGGUUGUUGUUGUUCCCUGAGGAUGUGGAGAAGGAUGACUACAUGCAUAACCCGGACCCGAUGGACAAGGAUCGAGAUUGUGAUAUCUGGAAUCGACGGGGUAUUGUGAAUGUCGGUGGUCUGGCAGUUUUCACAAUCGGCCUUUUGGUGCUUUUCAUUGGUUACCCGCUCAUAACUUGGUUGGCGGGCAUUGGAAAACAUCAUGGUGGUAUAUGCCACCCUGCAGACACGUUGUGUUUGGAUGUUGGGGAGCGACCAUUGCUGGAAAACCUGCGCAGGGGGUUGAUUGACCCAGAUACACCGAAAGAGGCAUACACCAAGAAAGACGCCAAUGGAAAGGAGAUGAAGCUAGUGUUCUCUGACGAAUUUAACAUGCCUGGUCGAACGUUCUUCGAGGACGAUGACCCGUUCUUCCAAGCAGUUGAUCUAUGGUACGGAGUAACGCAGGACAAAGAGUGGUAUGACCCCGACGCAGUAACCACGGCAGAAGGCACCCUCCAGCUUCGGUUCGAUCACUUCAAAAACCACGGUCUCGAAUACCGAUCCGGUAUGGUACAGAGUUGGAACAAGCUCUGCUUCAAGGGAGGCCGUCUCGAAGCUAGCAUGUCUCUCCCGGGAGAUGGACAUAUCCAAGGGUUCUGGCCUGGUUUCUGGGCAGUAGGCAACCUAGGUCGUCCUGGCUAUGCUGCUACCACCGAUGGCUUGUGGCCAUACAGCUACCAUGACGGCUGCGAUGCGGGCAUAACCCCGAAUCAGAGUUCCCCUGAUGGUAUCAACUGGCUGCCCGGUAUGCGGUUGCCUGGAUGUGCCUGCCCUGGCUCUGAUCACCCGACUCCUGGUACUGCACGCGGUGUCCCUGAAAUCGACGUUAUUGAAGGCAGCACUGCUCCACUGUAUGGUGACAGCGGUCCCUUCGUCGGUAGUGCGUCGCAGAGUUUGCAGACUGCACCAUUCGACCUAUGGUACCUACCUGACUAUGACUUUGCCGCCGUUUACGACCCACGCGUCACCAAAAUUAACGACUACCGAGGCGGUGUCUACCAACAGGCCAUGUCCAGCUUAACCAACCUAAACCACCGCUGGUACAACGGCACCGAAUACCAAACGUACUCUUUCGAGUAUACACCGGGCGCAAAAGGCGAAGUGACCUGGUUCGUCGGCGCCGAAAAAACCUGGACACUGGACGCCCGCGCCAUCGGACCCAACGGGAAUAUCGGGCAACGCAUGAUACCACUCGAGCCCAUGGCUCUGGUCAUGAAUAUGGGUAUGGCGGACAACUUUGCGCCGCAGAAUAAGAGCAUCAUUGAUUUUAUGCCUGCUAUCCUGCGCUUCGACUACAUCCGGAUCUACCAGGACCCCGAUGAUGAAAGUAUUACUUGUGACCCACCAGGUUAUGAGACAACCAAGUAUAUUGAGAAACAUCGCAAGGCGUACGAUAAUGCGAACUUUACGACUUGGGACGACGCUGGGUACCAUUGGCCUAAAAAUUCCUACAUGCACGACUGUCCAGCUAAUUAG